AUGAAGCCCCAGUACACGACAGCCACCUACUCAGCCGACGAGGAAACCAAGAAACAAACAGAAUCCAACGGCUUCCCUGCCAUGGCUCCCAAAAAGACCCCCGCCGUCCCUCGUCCCAGCGCCAGCGUCCUCGUCAUCUCCCCCAACAACCAGGUCCUCCUGCUCCAACGCGUGAAAAAGGCUUCCUCCUUCCCCUCAGCCCACGUCUUCCCCGGUGGCAACGUCAGCGAACCCCACGACGGUCGGGUCCCAGCUCCAGACGCCCCGGACCGCCACGUCGACAGCAAGGUUUACCGCAACGCUGCGAUCCGGGAGACGUUCGAGGAAUCCGGCAUCCUACUCGCACGCAACAACGGUUUUGGCCGACUGAUCGAGGUCCCCGAAGCGGAACGCCAGGAGGGAAGGGUAGCUGUCCACUCGAACCAGACGACUUUUCCCAAAUGGCUGGCGCAGAAGGGCGGACGGGCUGAUGUCGAUGGGCUCAUUCCGUUUACACGAUGGGUCACGCCGACGAAUGUGCCGAAGAGAUUUACCACGCAGAUGUACCUUUACUUCUUGCCUACGCUGUCGUCGACACCGCUAGCGGACUCCGCUAAAGCGGAUAGUGAGGAGGAGUUCAAAGUGCCGGUGCCCACGACUGAUGGCGGGUUGGAGCAUACUACUGCUCGCUUCCUUCCUGCGUCUGCCUGGUUGAGAUUGGCGCAGGAGGGGCGGAUUAUUCUGUUCCCACCGCAGUUCUUCCUGCUGCAUCAUGUGGCGCAGCACUUCGACAAUCUACAAAACCCGACAGCCUACGGUUCUAUAUCCCGCGACUCACUCUCCCGCGACGAGCUCGAAGCACGGCGAAAGGCGCUCGUGGAGUUCGUCAAGACCGAUUCGCCGCCGUGGACGGACAAGGUGAUCUCGCCGAUCGUUGUGCCUGCGCGAGAUGGGCAGAAGCGGGAUGACAAGCGCUCGCUGUUGGGUCUGGAUAAACCUGGACCAGAGCUGGCGGGGAGUGGGAGGUCGGGGGUUAAGGAUCAGUGUGUGCUGGUCAAUUUCCGCAAGGAGGGGCCGAGACAGUUGGCUGUGGUUUCGAGGGAGGAUGCUUUGAAUGCUAAGUUAUAG